GUGGGCUUUGAAGCAACUUUCCGUCGCCGGCAUACCGGCAUAUCGUGCGUGCGACGCGGUACAUUCAUGUACUGGGAAUGUUUUCGAAGUUUAUUUUCAUACUGUAUUGUUUCUAACUGCAUACUACAGCGAAAGUAUUUGAAUAUCGUUCACCAUGCCCUGCGAAGAUGAAGGGAGCUUGUUGGUCACGAUCAUCGACACAAAUCCUUGCGCCAGUUUACUUCAGAAUGAAGAGGGGAUAGUAUCAAGGUUUCUCGAUGCGGCCACUGUGUUCUGCAAUUCGCAUCUGAUGCUCAACCCAUGCAACAGGUUGGCAGUCAUUGCCUGCCAUUCACACAAAAGCAUUUUUCUGUACCCCAAAGCUCUGCCCUCUGCCCAAGAAACCGUUUCAGUGGAUGGGCAGUACGAACUCUUCAGCGAGGUUACAAAUGCCAUCAAGGAAGGCGUUAAAGAACUAGUUUUGUCAGAUAAGUGUGAAUCACCCAUUUCGGAAACCCUGCUGACAGGAGGACUCAGCCUUGCCCUUUGUUACAUUCACAGGAUAGAAAAGGAGACGGCAGGUCAGAAAAAAAUAGCAUCCCGAAUACUGGUGCUAUCUGCAUCAGGUGAAAGUGCUUCUCAGUACCUCAACUUCAUGAAUGUCUUCUUUACUGCACAAAAAAAGAACGUCAUCAUAGAUGCAUGUGUCCUUGAAAAGGACUCUGGCUUGCUUCAGCAGGGCUGUGACAUCACUGGUGGGAAGUACAUGAAGGUGCCAAACCACACAGGUCUCCUACAGUACUUACUGUGGCUGUUCCUUCCGGAUAAGUCAACAAGGGACUAUUUGGUAUUCCCACCACCAGUUCAUGUAGACUACAGAGCAGCCUGUUUUUGCCACAGGAAUCUCAUCGAGAUCGGCUACGUAUGCUCGGUCUGCCUUUCCAUUUUUUGUGCAUUCAGUCCCAUCUGCUCUACAUGCCAGACUGCCUUCAAGUUCACUGGGCCUUUACCAUCACUGCUUAAAGCCAAGAAGAAAAAACAGAAACUCGGGAUCUAAUUUCCCUGCCAAAUACAAGGAAAUCAUUUCAGAACCAGCAGAGCCGUCAGCACCCUCAUUAACAUCCAGAAUCGUGCAUCGGAAAAUUAAAACUGUCACUCAAGGGCA